GCAGUUGGUGAUGGGAGUGUGACAGAUCAGCAUUCCGAGGGGUACUGCAGGCAGGGGAAAAAAACGGAGAGGGAGAAGGAGAGAAAACGGGGAUAAGCUUAAUACAGACUCUGCUGCGACACUGGUUUCAGGGAUGUAGUCGACAGGGAAGAGCUCUGCUUUACCGAGCUCAUCAGAAUGAAGAAACACUCCGCUAGGGUAGCCCCGCUGUCUGCUUGUAACAGCCCGGUGCUCACCUUAACCAAAGUAGAAGGAGAGGAGAGACCCCGUGAGAAUGCCGCCCCUGUGGAUGUCCAGCCCCCCCUGGCGGGGGAGACGGGGGGUCACUGUCUGCUGCGCUGCUGUCUUCAGAUCUCGGCUGCCCAGGCCCGCAAGGCACUGUGGGGCGUCGCCAUGGUGCUGUGUGUCUGUUCCUCUUGGACUGGCUCCACGCAACUGGCCAAACUCACCUUCCAGCAAUUUGAUGCACCUUUCACCCUGACUUGGUUUGCAACGAAUUGGAAUUUUUUAUUUUUCCCCUUAUAUUAUACAGGACAUCUGUACAAGUCCACAGAACGACAGACUCCAAAACAAAGAUACAGAGAAUGCUGCAGGUUUUUUGGGGAUGAUGGCUUGACAGCGAAGGUGUUCUUCACCAAGGUAGCCCCUUUUGGCCUUCUAUGGACAUUAACAAACUAUCUGUACUUACAAGCACUGAGGAGAAUAAACACAACGGAUGUCUCUGCACUGUUCUGCUGCAACAAGGCAUUUGUGUUCUUGCUGUCAUGGAUUGUUCUGCGAGAUCGCUUCAUGGGAGUGCGAAUUGUGGCAGCAAUUCUCGCUAUAGCUGGUAUAGUAAUGAUGACCUAUGCUGAUGGAUUUCACAGCCAUUCUGUUAUUGGAAUUGCACUGGUGGUGUCGUCUGCAUCCAUGUCUGCUUUGUAUAAGGUGUUGUUCAAGCUCAUUCUCGGCAGUGCCAAGUUCGGAGAAGCAGCCUUAUUCCUCACAAUCCUGGGAGGAGCUAACUUUGUGUUCAUCAGCUUCAUCCCUGUCAUCCUGUACUUCACCAAAGUGGAAUACUUUGACUCCCUGGAGGAACUUCCCUGGGGCUGUCUGUGUGGAGUGGCUGUCCUUUUACUAACUUUCAACAUGCUAGUGAACUUUGGCAUAGCUAUUACCUACCCCACACUCAUUUCAUUUGGGAUUGUCUUAAGUGUUCCUGUUAAUGCUGUUGUGGACCAUUACACCAGCGAGAUCAGCUUCAACUCGGUGCGCGUCAUUGCCGUGCUCAUCAUCUGCCUGGGCUUCCUGCUGCUGCUGCUGCCCGAGGAGUGGGACCAGUGCGUGAUCCAGCUGCUGGCCCGGCUCCGCACACGCAAGAAGGAGGAGCCAGCCGAGGGCGGGGCGGAGGCGGGGCCAGGCCUCGGCUGGAGCCGGAGAGGCAGGACCUCCAUGUCCACCUUCGCUCACUGAUCACCCCCGCCACUCCCCCAACGGUGACUCGGUCUGUUCUGUGCCCAAAAGCUUUGUCCUACCAAAACAAGGUGAAAAAAAAGCACAGCUGUUGUGUUGUAAAUCUUUGUAAAGUUUUUUCCCCAUUAUUUUUUACAUAAGCUCUAUAUAAGCUGUAUAUAUAUCCUAUCUGGAAGUGUACAGAUUGAUGCAUGAUCUCCUGUUGUCUGAUUUUUUUUUAUCAUCGUAUCACUGAGCCUUUUCUGGGGCAAUGGCAGUAAUGCAUUUUUACAACUGAAGGCUGGAAUACAGGGUGAGAAUGGAACUGCUGCAUAAGAAAACAUGCAAAAAUCUGUUUUGCAUUUUGACAACUAGGAUAGAGAAAGUACUGAGGUGGAGAUUUGUUAUUUAUAUCUUAUAAAUAGGGGUAUAUGCAGACCAAACUAAUUGAUUUUCAAACCCCAUUCAUCAUUAGGAUAAACAGAGUUAACUGUUUUCCAAAUCCAAAGAGACUUGUUUAAGACUUGUUUGUUUCCUUAGGGUGAUGGUGGAGGGUAAAUUUUGAUAUUGAAAGUUAAAGACUUUCACUAGGCACGUGAAUGGAAUGGUCACAUAAUUAAUGACAUAACAUUAUGUCACACAUCGUCACACAUUAUGUCUUUGUUAUCUGUUUUUUAAAAACGAAACAGGUCACUCAGCUGAAGGCUAAAAUUCAGUCCCUUUCAGGGCCUUGUUAGUGGUUUUUCACAGCCUGGAUUGUACCUGUUUGUUCUUGACAGUAUUACCAAUGAGGGAAAACUAGAUACUUUACAUGGUGAGAGGUUUUUCAGAUGUUGACAAGUAGGUCACUGCUCAGGUAUGCUUGUGAAAGAUGGAAUCGAUGUGCUUUA